UGCCCCCGCAGACAGCAACCUCAAGACCCUCAAUGGAGAGUGGACAAUGGACAAAACUCUCUCCAACCCUUCAGAACCCAUUCUCGAGCUGGUAAGUCUCACACCCCACCCUUUUGGGCUCUACAAGUCAAUCAUAUAUCCAACUCAAGGCAAUACCUCUCUUGCUUACAUACUGCCCCGUGGAUGGAAUAGCAAGGAAUGAGCUGGCUCAUGCGUAAAGCUCUCAGUGUCGCAACAGUCACUCUCUCCAUCAAUGAGUAUCCCGAUGCCGCAGAUCCGACUAUAUGGCACAUCGACAUCGACCAGACGGUCACUGGUGGCAUCAAAGGUACAACCGAGAGACGUAUCAGUGACAACAAGGUACGAGAGCACGAUGACCACAUCUUUGGCCAUCUCAAAGGUCAGUCGCGCUUCUUCCGGGGAUCUAAGGGCGAGGACGGAAAGGUGCGCCCUUAUACAGAUUUCGAGACCAAGAUCGACGAACCCGAGGUCUACAAAUUCCUUAGAGGGGAGAUUCUAGCCGACGGAAGUGCAUCCGAGGGCUUUGUGGUUGAGGAAAUCGGUGAAGAGUUUGGCGAGGGAGAGGGGCUCUGGUAUCUCAGCUUUGUGGAGAACCUGGACAGCGGCUGGACUGCCGAACAGGUUUGGGGUUUCGAGAUCAUUGACGGCAAGCGCUAUUACACUCGCCGUGUUGCUGUCGUCAAGGGCAAAACCUACAAGCUGGCCCGGCUGGUCUACAGCUUCGUAAAGCCACGGACUGAGUAGAGGCAUCCUACGUGAGAUGCUCUUGUUCGGAACCUGUCUUUUAUUAUUGAAAGAAUGCAUGGCAGACAGGGUAGUGACUGCCCUAACACUAAACCCCUAGAGGCGGGGCUCCAUUGCAAGCUGUGGCUGCAGACAUUCUGUCCGCACUAGUUCUGACUAGGGAUGCCCCACACAAUAAAGUAUCAAUAUGUUCCCUAGAAAACAGAUUUCAAUAUCCCGAUAUAUUUCGUAAAUCAUCCAAACAGGCAUGGUAG